AUGUCGUUACUGCUCCAAAAAGUGUUAUUUUUCUGCCUUCUCAUCGGGCAAAAUAUACAAAAUACCGUAAAGUCCAGCAGUGUUACCAGUGAAAGAAACAAAUCCAAUGAAGCAUUUUACCAGCGACUCAAUCAAUCGCAACGCAUCUGCAAGCGACCAACGUGUUUCGAAGACACGGACGACAUAAUUGUCAGUCCGUUACCUCGCAUCAAAAACGACGAAAAUCGUGCAAAAAGUAUCUCGCUCAGCGAUUAUCGAAAGUUAUCCGUGCUCUAUGCGCUUAUAAAUGUCGCAGGAGAUUCUGACGUAAACGAGCAGUGUCACAAUGAAUUGGAAAUGAUUCAACAUGGUGUUAAUACCAAGGAGAUUUGGGCCGUGAAAGUUGGUCAAUGUCACGAGAUCAUGUUUUACGACACGCGUCCGAACAAAGACAACAAUCAAUCCGUUCAUGCCGCUAUUGACGCCUCCGCAAAACCCAGUUCAGGCUUCAUCUGGGGCAACAACUUCUGGUUUGGCUCGCAGAAAGGAUGUGAGAGUCUUAAUAAGCCUCUUUCGUUGACUUUGGCGUCACAUUUUCCAAGGAUCACUAAAUCCACGUUGAAAGAUGCCGUUGCGCCAUUUCCGAUGAAAUAUUUUGUCGUUCAUGCGAAACAUCAGAGUCCAUGGCAAUUCGAAGUGAAAUUUCUGGAAGAGAAUAUUUUGCAAUUAGGACUUUGUUUGCCGAUUUCUUGCGAAAAACAUGAAAUUUUUAAUCUAACUCAAACGUAUUUCGAUGCGCGCCAAGAUGACUUUCAAAUUUUCUACGAAAUGGCAGUUGAUGUCCUCGAAGUCAAAGAUUUGGAGGUUCGGGAGAAUUUCAUGUGGAAACGAAGUGUCGUGAUGCUUUUGACAAUUCUCGGUGUGACGGCACUUUUGCAUUACUUGUCGUACUUGUUGAAGGAUAACAUGGACAUUUUCGCCGAAAGUAAGCACGAUGAGAGGAUAUUGGCACAAACAUCACGUAAAGAGCGGAUUUUGACGUCAUUCAAUAUCGAGAAAAAUCUCGAAACAAUUUUCAAUAGCAAUUUGGAGCGCGAAACAUUUCCCGUCAUUGGGGGACUUAAAACGAUUUGCAGUCUGGUAAUUGUCGUGUUUCACGUUCAGUGGUUCAAAUUUUUCACAUUAGACAAUCCUUACAUCUUCUUCCAUAACGCGGAACAAGUGCAUUAUCAAUGGAUCGCCAAUGCCCCACUUUUGGUCGAUUUCUUCUUCGUCAUCAGUGGCUUCCUGCUGGGCUACAAUUACCUCAAAAAUGCCAAACAAAAUGCGCAAAUACGUGAAAAUUCUUUCUUCCAAAACGUAAAAAUGUUCCUGAAACUCGUGGCAAAACGCUACGUUCGCUUGACGCCAGUCUACCUGAUUGUCAUGUUCCUCACGGAAAUUGGCACUUCGUAUGUGGCUGACGUCAGCAUUUUUCGCAUUCACGAACGCACGGAUCUCACCUGCCAACGGUUUUGGUGGCGAAACAUGUUGUACAUUCAGAAUUUCUUUCCGCACGAGGAGCUUUGUGCUAAUUGGACAUGGAGCACGGCAUGCGAAAUGCAAUAUUUUGUCUUUUUUACGCUUAUUUACUUCAUUUAUGCAAAAAAUCCCAAAGUCGGAAAGAGCAUUUUCUUCCUUGCUGCUGGUUCAGCCCUCGCUACUGCGAGUUAUUUCACAAUUAAACAUAAUUUUCAACCGUCUUUUGAUGUUCUUUACGCUUCGGGCACGGAUCUCUACAUUUCGUCGUUGACACGGGCAGCUCCAUAUUUCGUCGGAAUCAUGUCAGGGUACAUUGUGAUGUUCUAUCGAAACAAUCAAAUAUUUAAUAAGUCACAAUCACAAAUCGUUUGGUGCCUCGCUGUUCUCACAUUUGUUCUUUGUAUGCAUUCAACGACGUUCCGGAGACCAGGGGAAUUUAUUUCCAUAUUAACGUUGGUCUUUGCACGUUGGUUGUUCGCCUUUGCAAAUGCAUGGGUGCUAAUAGCAAGCAGUUUGGGAUAUGGAAAUUGGUUCACGCGGUUCUUAUCCCACAAAUAUUUCAUUUACUUCAGUCGUACAACGUACAGCUUCUACUUGAUCAACCCGCUACUCAUCUCGAUGAUUUAUGGUCUUGCCGACGCUGGAACGCAUUCUGAUACGGCGAUGGGAAUUAUUGUCACGCUGGGUGUUUGUUUUGUCACAUAUGCGCUCUCGUUGCUGUUCUCCGUGUCCUUUGAGAUGCCGUAUUGCAAGUUGCUGAACUACCGAGCACCAAAUAAGACGUCUUCUAGUGAGAAGUUAUCCGCCGCCGCCGCGAAAUGUGAUUGA